AUGAACACCCUGUCGAGGCUCAGGUGCCUUUCCCUGUUACGACAAUGCAAUUCAUCGUUACUCACAAACCAUAUCAUACAAAUUCACGCUCAACUCAUCUCCAAUGCCCUUACACAAUCACCAUCCAUUGUUGCCCAAUUGAUAGAACGUUACUGUGCAUCAUCAGCACCACAUGCCACCAUUUACGCCAGCCUCUCAAUCUCCCAAUUUUACCGUCACAAUAAUGAACGCAACGCGUAUCUCUUGAAUGUUUUAAUCAGAUGCUCUCCUCCCGGUGACUCCAUUCUUGUUUUUGCUGAUUGGGUAUCGAAAGCUAGCCUGGAUUUUGAUGACUACACUUACAUUUUUGUUCUUGGAGCUUGUGCUCGACGGGCCAAGUCAUUACGGGAAGGGCAGCAGAUACACACCCGAGUAAUUAAACAUGGGUUUCUGUCGAAUGUCAUGUUGCAAACUACCUUGAUUCAUUUUUAUGUGAACGACAAUGCAUUUGUGUUUGCAAAGAAGGUGUUUGAUGAAAUGCCUGUGAGAACUACUGCUACGUGGAACUCAUUGAUAGCAGGGUAUUGUUCAUGUAAAGAACAUGCACUUGAUGGGUUGCUAUUGUUCGUGGACAUGUUGGUCGGUGAUUGUGGAGUGAAAGCUAACGGCACCACCAUGGUUUGUGUUCUGUCAGCGGUUUCACGGCUAGGUUAUCUUGAAACAGGCAUUAGCAUUCAUGGGCAUAUCGUAAAAACAAUGUGUGACAUUGAGAAUGAUGUUUAUAUAGGCACUGGGCUUGUUGACAUGUACGCAAAAUGUGGGUGUCUGGAUUCAGCUUUAAACUUGUUCAUGAGAAUGAAACAUAAGAAUGUGUUAACUUGGACAACCAUGGUAUCUGGAUUGGCAGUUCAUGGGAAAGGAAAACAAGCCUUAAAGAUUUUCGAUGACAUGAUAGAAUCCGGUAUUUUACCUAAUUCAGUGACGUUUACAAGUUUGUUGUUUGCGUGUUCCCAAGCAGGCCUUCUCGAGGAAGGCCUUUAUUUGUUUCACAAUAUGAAAAGGGUGUUUCAUAUUUUGCCUCUUCCACAUCAUUACGGGUGCAUAGUUGACCUUCUUGGACGACUCGGGCACUUAGAUGAGGCAUAUGAGUUCAUUAUCAGUGAAAAAGUUGAAGGUGAUGAGGUUUUGUGGAAGAGCCUGCUGCAUGCUUGUAGAAUACACGAUAACGUUGUGAUGGGUGAAAGAGUGGCGAAGAUUCUUUUCUCGAUACAACCAGAGAUGAAUCUUGAAAUACCAUGUGAUAACAGUGAGGAUUAUGUUGCUUUGUCUAAUAUCUGUGCUUCUGCUGGAAGGUGGGAAGAUGUAGCUGCAGUGAGAGAGGUGAUCAGUGUUAAAGGGAUAGAGACUAAACCUGCUGUUAGUACUGUUUUCGCUUAGUUUCCUGUUCUCAGUAGAUUCACAAAGGGUAUGUAAAGAGACAAGAAGCCAUAUCUGGUCCCAGCAAGACCUCUGCCCAAUCCACACCAUAACAAAAUCGGGUUUAUACAAUGCCAAAAAUGUUUAAAUGCCUUAAAGACUAUUUUAUAGGACUAACCACAAGAGUGGUGUCCGAUUGGUUUGAUCUUGGGCUCCAAAUGCGGUGACUCUAGGCUACCCGCGAAGCGGUUGGUCGUCCUAGAAUUAGUCGGCUUGCAUAGCGGGUUGGAUAUGAAACCCAAAUAAAGAAAAGCCAGAAG